GAUGUGAUGGUGGGUCAGCAGCUGGACAAGGAGAAGAAAGAGGUUCUUGAGAAGAUCAGGCAGAAGAAGGAGGAAGAAGCCACAGCAAAGGCAGAGGGCAAGGAAGUCCCGGAGGCGGCGAAGAAGCAGAGAAGCGAAGCGAGCUCCAGCUCCAAGCCGGAGGAGCCGGAGGGCGACAGAUGGGCCACACCCAUUGGAGGUGGUGAGAUUGGCGAGUCGUCUGCAGCUGAGAAGAAGCCCGAGAAGGAGCCAGAGGGCGACGAGUUUGGCGAGACCCCGGAGCCUGGAGAGUGGGGUGACACCCCGAUGCCCACGGGCAAGAAGAAGCGCGCGCGAUGGGACUCCGCGCCGGAGAAGGAGAUGGACGUUGGGGCCACGCCCACUGCAGAUGUGACCCCGAGCGUGGAUGUCACGCCCAGCGUAGAUGUGACUCCCAGCAUGGAGCCAAUGAUCGGUGCCACGCCAUUCGCUGGCGGCAUUAACCUGGGGGACACACCGUUGGGCACGCCCGGCAUGGCGAACAUGAGCACGCCCGUGGGCCUCACGCCCAACUUCGCGUCCAUGACGCCGGAACAGAUUCAGGCGUACCGAUACGACGCGGAGGUUAACGAGCGAAAUGCUCCAAUGACGGAUGAGGAGCUGGACGCCAUCUUCCCACAGACCGGCUAUGAGAUUGUCAGGCCGCCUGCGAAUUACAACCCCAUCCGCAAGUCCGUCCUCUCAUCGGCGACUCCGACGCCCACGCCGGGUGGCACACCCUUCUUCUCCAUGCAGAGCCCGGACGCGCCAAAGCCGUAUCAGGUGCCGGACUCUCCAGCGGUGGGUGAGAUGCCCAUGAUCAAGCCGGAGGACUACUCCUACUUUGCCCCGUUGCUGGCCGGCGACAAUGAUGACAACUUGUCCCCAGAGGAGGCCAAGGAGCGGAAGAUCAUGCGGCUCCUGCUCAAGGUGAAGAACGGCACGCCGCCCAUGCGGAGGUCGGCGCUGCGGCAGCUGAGCGAUGGCGCGCGGGCCUUCGGGCCCGGGCCGCUGUUCAACCAGAUCCUGCCGCUCCUCAUGAGCAGCACCUUGGAAGACCAGGAGAGGCAUUUGCUGGUCAAGGUCAUUGACCGCGUCUUGUACAAAUUGGACGACAUGGUGCGUCCGUAUGUGCACAAGAUCUUGGUGGUCAUUGAGCCCCUUCUCAUCGAUGAGGAUUACUUUGCCCGCGUGGAAGGGCGUGAGAUCAUCAGCAACUUGGCCAAGGCGGCAGGCCUUGCCACCAUGAUCUCCACGAUGCGACCAGAUAUCGACCACGCGGAUGAGUACGUGCGGAACACCACGGCGCGGGCCUUCGCGGUGGUGGCCUCCGCUCUGGGCAUCCCCUCGCUGCUGCUCUUCCUCCGAGCGGUCUGCCAGUCGAAGAAGAGCUGGCAGGCCAGGCACACGGGCAUCAAGAUCGUGCAGCAGAUUGCCAUCCUGGUUGGCUGCGGCGUCCUGCCGCACCUUAAGCAGAUGGUGGACAUCAUCGCCCAUGGUCUCCAGGAUGAGCAGCAGAAGGUGCGAACCAUCACCGCCUUGGCUCUGGCGGCACUGGCUGAGGCGGCGAUGCCCUAUGGCAUCGAGGCCUUCGAUACCGUGCUGCGGCCGCUCUGGAAGGGCAUCUGCGAGCACCGCGGCAAGGGCCUGGCCGCUUUCCUCAAGGCGAUCGGCUUCAUCAUUCCGCUGAUGGAUGCUGAGCAUGCGAACUACUACACCCGGGAGGUCAUGAUCAUCCUGAUCCGAGAGUUCUCCACCCCAGACGAGGAGAUGAAGAAGAUCGUGCUGAAGGUGGUGAAGCAGUGCGUGGCCACGGAGGGUGUGGAGCCCAGCUACAUCCGAGAGGACAUCUUGCCGCCGUUCUUCAGGAACUUCUGGGUGGUCCGCAUGGCCUUAGACCGGCGGAACUACCGGCAGCUGGUGGAUACCACGGUGGAGAUCGCCAACAAGGUCGGUGGUGCAGACAUCAUCGGCCGAAUUGUAGAGGACCUGAAGGAUGCGUCUGAGCCUUACCGGAAGAUGGUGAUGGAGACCAUCGACAAGGUCAUUGGCAAUUUGGGCGUCGCGGAUAUCGACUCCCGUCUCGAGGAGCAGAUCAUCGAUGGUAUCGUGUACGCGUUCCAGGAGCAGACGUCGGACGACACCACGGUGAUGCUCAACGGCUUCGGCACCGUGGUGAACUCUUUGGGCCCGCGUGUCAAGCCAUACCUGCCGCAGAUUGCCGGUAUCAUCAGGUGGCGCCUGAACACACCUUCUGCGCGAGUGCGACAGCAAGCUGCUGACCUCAUCGCGCGCAUCGCGGUGGUCAUGAAGCAGUGCGGUGAGGAGCAGAUGAUGGGGCACUUGGGCCUCUUCCUCUACGAGUACCUCGGUGAGGAGUAUCCCGAAGUCUUGGGUUCGAUCCUGGGAGCCUUGAAGGCCAUUGUGAACGUCAUCGGAAUGACGAAGAUGACACCCCCCAUCAAGGACCUGUUGCCGCGCUUGACACCCAUCCUCAAGAACAGGCACGAGAAGGUGCAGGAGAACUGCAUCGACCUGGUUGGCAGGAUCGCGGACCGCGGAGCGGAGCUGGCGCCGCCCAGGGAGUGGAACCGAAUUUGCUUCGACCUGCUGGAGCUUCUGAAGGCGCACAAGAAGGCCAUUCGAAGAGCUGCCGUCAACACCUUCGGUUACAUCGCCAAGGCCAUCGGGCCUCAUGAUGUGCUCAGCACCUUGCUGAACAACUUGAAGGUGCAGGAGCGUCAGCUCCGUAUCUGCACCACGGUGGCCAUCGCCAUCACUGCCGAGACGUGUGGCCCGUUCACCGUGCUGCCGGCGCUGAUGAACGAGUACAGAGUGCCAGAACUGAACGUUCAGAACGGAGUGCUCAAGAGCCUGAGCUUCAUGUUUGAGUACAUCGGGGAGAUGUCCAAGGACUACAUCUAUGCAGUGACACCCAUCCUGGAAGAUGCACUCAUGGACAGAGAUCUGGUUCACAGGCAGACGGCUGCAUGGACCUGCAAGCACUUGGCGCUUGGUGUACAUGGCCUCGGCUGCGAGGACGCCCUGCAGCACCUCAUGAACUACGUGUGGCCCAAUUGCUUUGAGAACUCCCCGCACUUGAUCAUGGCGGUAUUCGACGCCAUCGAUGGGUUCCGGGUGUCCUUGGGCCCCACGAAGGUGCUGCAGUACCUGCUGCAAGGCCUGUGGCACCCCGCGCGCCGUGUGCGCGCCGUGUAUUGGCGCUUGUACAACAACCUCUACAUAGGAUCUCAGGAUGCCCUCAUUCCCUCCUACCCGAAGUUGGAAGAUGAUGCAGAGCACUGCUAUCGCAGAACUGAGCUUGAGCUUCUCCUCUGAGACGGAUGCGUUUGGGGCGGUUGCUAGGGAUCGCCUCACCAUGCGAUGUGAGGGAGCGAAGUGAAGAAAGUGAUCUUGCGCAGGCACACAAUGACAAAGCAAGCAAAGGG